AUGCAACAACCUGAGGGAGGUGUGAAGCAUCCAUCCGACCCGACAGCCACGACUCCAGGAGGCUAUAAGGUCAUUGCAACAAAAGUCACAGGAACAGUUGAAUGGUUCAAUUUUAAGGAUGGAUACGGUUUUCUUAAGAGGACAGAUACACAAGAGGACAUUUUUGUUCAUUACACUGCCAUCAACAACAAGAAUCCCCGCAAAUACCUCAGCAGUGCUGGAGACCGAGCGAAGGUGGAAUUUGAUAUUGUAGAAGGAAGGAAGGGACCACAGGCGGCUAAUGUCACCGUCACCGCCCAGGACAGUCUGAAAAAAACGAAAGCUGUCUCCAAGAUUCCUGAGGAGGAGAUGAUCAAGCAGAGAGAGGAGGACGUGCAUCUGAGGAAGCAACUGGAAGAUAUGAAAGAUAACUUACAGAAAGAGCGGGCAGAUCUGAUGGACUAUUAUGACAAAGACCUGAAAGCCACAGAAGAAAAGUACAAAAAGAAGCUGGAAGAACAGAAGGCCACCACAAAAGAGAACUGGAGGAACAAGAGGCCAAAUUUUUGAAAAUGUUGGAAGAACAGAAAGCCAGCAGCAAAAGACAG